UUGACACUAUUAUUCUACCGCCAGGGAGAAGGCUUGAUCAGUGAUCUGAGGCCUCAAAUGGUCCGUUCGCUGGUAGCCAUGUCGCUGGAAGUUUUCUGUUUAUGCGUGCAGCUGGUGUAUCGCCACUACAAAGACAAACUUUACGAGUUUAUGGUUUUGCUGGCUCCGGUAUUGCAGAUUGAUCAAAUGAAAACUGACGUCAGCGAAUUUUCGUUUCUAUAUUUCCGUAUCUGGAUGAAGCUGAUUUUGCGGAUGUUAUCUGAUCUUGGGGACAGGGUUGAUCACGAUAGCAAAGGCAACCUUGGCAAAGAGGUAUCAGUUAUGUUCGAUAUCGCAAAUACGUUUCUUCGUUUUAUUCCCAACUCAGACCCGCAAAUACCACUUUGUUACUCCGUCGUGCUGAGGGUGUGCGAGGAACAGAGCAUAGAGAACGCUCUGCACGCGAAGUACCUUUGGGAACUGCUGUUUUCGACCCAGUACAUCGUCGAAUGUUUUCCGGUCACUUUGUUAUCCAUCGCUGAAGGUCUACAUUAUUGCUUGGGAGACAUCGUGGAUGAAGCUGAUCUACCAGCACCGAAACGUAUGUUCGCCUCGAUCUGCAGUUCCACCGCUCCGAUGAUUCUCAAGUUGUUUUUGAGCCAUCUCGACAAGGUGAUGGACGACAUGAAAUGCGCAACGUCUGAUCUACGUUACCUGUUGGUUUACAAUGACCGUACCGUCAAACCUUCCCGUAUACUGUUUUAUGAAUUCAAAUUUUAUUGA